AUGGCGGACGGCGAGAGGUCCCCCCUACUAUCAGAUCUGGGAGAAGGCGCUCUCGGCAGCGGUGCCGGAGGGGUGUCCCCGGGUGCGGCACCUUACGGUGUUCCCAGCAAACCUCAGAGUGAGUAUCCAUGGAGCCCUCUCCUCCACCUUACUCCAGCCGGACUUAGCCUAGCUUAAGGUUAGCAUCCACUGACUGGGCAUUCUGGUUAGCCUGCCAGUCAGAUGUGCCUUAGCCUGUCGUGACUGUUUUUAUGAAGGUGAACUGUAACAUAUGUGAAUGUUUAUCUAUCAGCAUCACAUUUAAGGUGAAAUAUGAUGUUUUCAGAAGCAGAGAUUGGGGGAAGCAGCGUUGUGCCUGCUAACCUAGCAACCGUUACUUUAGCUUGGCAGCUAGCGCCUCUGAGCACCGGUGUUUCGGCAAAUUGUGCUGCUUUGCCAAACAGUGCCACCGGUAAUAGAUGCUGUUGAUUCGCGCUGUUGAGUCAUGCUUUAAAGAAAGAAAUAAGGGUAGGAGAACUGUUUUAGUACAGUACUUUUAAGAUGUUGUUUGUAAGUUGGGAAAAAAGCGUAUUUUGAUAAACUGAAACUCUGUAUAACACUUCUUCAGAGUAUUACCACUUUAUAUCGCACCGCGUAUCCCUCCAUUUUCAUUGACAGAAUUUAAAAAGCGUGUUUCAAACAUUCAUGUUCGAUUUUUUCUUUCAUAACUCGAGAAAAGACAGUCCGUUAGGUGUUAUUUCUCUAUUAAGUAGCACAUGAAGUGGCGGCUAUCGCUCGAUUGUGGCGGCGCGCAGGCGCAGAACUACUCAGCAGCACAUCAUGCUAUGAAGCAAAGCUCGAUAGAACACCAGCAGAGAACCCGCAAAAUAUCAACGUUUGUAGCCCACUGAGAUUAACAUUAUAAUGUAUUCUAUGUACGCAUUUUAACACACAUCGUUUUGUGUCUUAUAACCGCCACUAGCAAGCAAGGUAACUGUAAAGUUUAGCCAUUUAGCAUCUGAGAAACACCUGAUGUGAUUGACUGAAGGGAAAUCCAUUACGGAGGCUGCUGAGGGAUGCUCCCACAUCGAGCAAGGACCAAUGACAGCCCCUAUAGGGUGGGACUGCCUUUACUACAUUAAUGGAAAAGACAUGAGAUAUGGUUUAGGAGUAUGUAGUGCUCUUACAGACUGCUGUAAAACUGUUAAUCAUUCUGCGUAGAGGAAAUGUGGAGCAGAUUGUUCAGUAUUUUGCAAAAGAUUUCUCGAUUAAUCUGUCCCGUUUAUGAACUACUCUGAUUUCUGUUUCUCACAAGACUCUUAUUGGUUGAGACUAACCCUGCUCUACAUUCCAGGAGAGUUUUUCUAGUAAAGCUCCUUUCAGUUGAACUCGAGACCAAAUCUUAUUAUCUUGUUAAUCACAGCGUUGAGGUUACUUGUCAUGGGUAUUUAGGUUUUUUUUCUUUCUUUACAGUCCAUUACACAACUCCUGGACUGGGUGUCCUCAUCAUUUCUUCACACUCGACUUGUUUUACAAACUUUUUAUUCAUUAUGUGCCCUCUUAUGUCUCCCUUUGUGUGCAGGCUUCCCUCCCUUCCCCAACCCUACCCAGCCCUCAGUGCUCCUAGGGGAAGACCCUCCACCCUACUCCCCUCUCACCUCCCCGGAGAGUGGCAGCGCCCCGGUUAUCAGCUGCAGAGUGUGCCAGAGCCUGAUUUCUGUAGAGGGCAAGAUCCACCAGCAUGUGGUGAAGUGCGGGGUCUGCAAUGAAGCUACGGUAGGUUUUAGAGGAGAUAGUACAGACACACGUAACUCACAAAACACAUGACCAUUAUCUUUUACUUAGAUGAAGUUUUACGCUAAUAAAAAACAAAAGUGUUUUAAUUACACACAUGGUUUUUAUUUAAACUGGGAUUUAUGAUAAAUAACUUCCAAGAUAGAUCCUGCGAAGCACCUUAUUAGGAUACAUCUGAGUGAUCUUCAAAAAGACUUUUACAACCUUUUUUGAUCAGUAUGCAUGUUUUUCUGUGUUCUGUUAUCUUUGUCAGUCUGUGACUCAGACUUGCACAGAGUUAAUAACUUUAAUAAUAAUAAUAAGUUUAUUUUUAUAGCACUUUUAAAAACAGAAGUUUACAAAGUGCUUUGACAAACAGUUGCAAAGCACAGAACAUCAGCACAUGGAAAUAAAAACAAAUAAAAACAAAAGCUCAGUUAAAACAAGGCCUCUGAAUUAAAGGCCAAUUUCAUUUGUCAUAAGAAACCCAGACAAUACCAAGAAGGAGGACCAGAAUAAAAACAUAAAAUAGGUAAGAAAAAGAAGUGUAAUAAAAAAGGGGGGUAAAAGCAGGAAACAGGAUAGUUAAUAUGAAAGAGGGUAUUAAUAAUCCUAAUAAAAUCAUAAUAAAAUAAUCAUGAUGGUGAUAUUAAUGAUAAAAUGAAAUAACAAAAAUGAGCAGGAAAAAACAAUAAAAUCAAUAAAGGGCCUAAGUGAAGUUUUAUUUAGCUCAUUAAGAAUGAAAAUGAAUUUUAGAUUAUGAAUAUAGUUAUAAUGAGAAUAAUGAUAACUAACAAAUUAAAAGAAACACAUGGAUUAUGAGUGCCUGUAUUGGUCACUGGCCCAAGAUCGUAAAAUACCGAAAAUAUUUUUAAAAUGAUCAUUUAAAAUAAAUAAUUUUAUACAAAGAAAACGAUACUGUAUUUAUUUAUAUACAACAGGGCAACAGGGAGGAGAGGGGAGUGCCCUAAAGCAUUACCCACUUCCACUUAUCUUUACAACCUUACAACUUUACAACUCUUCUGUAAAUAGUACAUGACUUUUAGAGACAUUCCAAAUGAGAUGACAGACAAUUGAAUUUCCCUUCAGAGAUCAAGAAGUUCUUCUUAUUCUUAAACACUCAGUCGUACCAAGUUAGAAAGCUUCUUGUCCAAUUCAAAUAUCUCUUGACAAAAAAAGGCAGAGGUGCAGCUCAGUUUAUUUCCAAAAAACUGUCUAGCUGUUGUGGUGCUGAAAACCGAUUAGUCCAAUAAACAUCCCUUUAAGAUUAGUAUAAAUAAUUGUGUUGCCCAAAAAUGGAUUUUGUUAAUUUAUCUUUGGAAGAUUUGCUUGUGAGGUGGAGUUUUUUUCAGGCUUUUGUUUAUGAAAAAGUAAAAAUCCAGAUUUUAUUGUAUUCAUGGUGUUAUCGCUCCAAGUUAAAGGAAAACCAACAAACAGUUUAUAGUUUUAUUAUCUUGAAUACUUGGAUUAAUCCACCAAACUCACCGUGAGCAGUCCUUAUGAUCCUUUUAAACUACCCAUGCAUUAAAAUAAACAGCUCAGUAUAAAAAAAAGAUCUCACUCUGCCAGUCAGUCAAAUUUAAGUUAAUGUUACAGCUUUGACAUUUUAAUUUCAUCCUGUCAGUCAGACCGUCUAAAGUUUAAAUCAAAGCGUCAGUGUCUCGGCCCAGACGGAUUAAAACCCAGAACAAAAAAAGUACAGAAACACUCACCUUGACAGUAAUCUCAUCAGUGUUUUUUCUUUUGUAAUUUAACUGAUAUUACCGUUCUUUGGAGAUUGAAACACUUGAGUUUUCUUUUUGAUACCUUUAAUUAAAAAUCUGCUGCAACUGAUCAGGUGUGGUGAGAUACAGCAGAUAAUGUGCCGCUCAGCUCCUCUGAGAAAUGAGAAAUUAAAGUCGUGUGAAGGUAAAUUUAAUUGUCAAGUUUUAAUUAUCUCUUUGAAGACACGGGCGCCACACAGGAAAAUAAUCUAUUUACGGAUAAGAGGAGAGUUAUGCCGGGAAAGAGAUUAUUUUCGACAGGUUUGCUGCUUUAACAAGCCCACCAUGUGUGCUGCAUGAGCUCUGUAUAUCGGCGCACAGAUGGAGGAAGAAUUAGAAACACGUCCAGAUGUACAGCUCGAAAUUCAGAGUAAUUUACAGAUGGAGGAACAUAUGCACAGAAAAAUGUACAGUGUGAACAAAUCCAGGUAGAUUGUUCCCACAGAUCUGUAGAUGAGAUUGUUUUUAGGCAUGUAGAAUGAGUCUGAAUCUGCAAACAUGCAUUUUUCACAUUAAAGAUGGACGUUUAAUCAGAUAAACGUGUAUUAAAAUAUUGAUCCCUAGCCAUAUUGCUGAUAUAAAUAGUUUAAAUCAGCUGAUAUGGUUAAUUAUGACUCUAACUUCCUGUAAACUGGAACGAUGUUGACAAAAUAAAUGUAGCAGUUUGCAAAUUAUUGAAAGUUGCUUGUGGUGUCCAUGAUAUGGGUACUUUACAUCUGAAAAGUUUAAACAAGAUCUACAGGUUUUGUACCAACAUUUACUCCCAUGAAGACAAUGACUGAUUCAGGGAAGACCUUCAUAUUUCUGCAAGACAAUAAACCAAACCUCACUACAUUAGCAUGGCUCUAAAGGAGUGGAUUGUAGGGGUUAAACUGACCAAUUCAUUUUCCGUAAACUGUGACAGAUAGCAGCUCCUGAUUCCAACAUUCGUAGGUGAGGCUGGGUGGGCAGAUGGUGAAAUGUGUUCCUGUACUAUCAGCGGGAUAACAGUUUUUUUUUCUUUAGUGUAAUUUAGUCUGAAGUUCUGGCUCCGUUUAGGUGUUAAUGGGCCGCUCUGGUUUGUGUCACUCCCCGCUCGUUAAUUAACCCGAUGUUUCAGACACUUUGUGAGGAAAACCGUUUCUUCUAAUUUGACAGUCAGAGAGGGGUGACCGUCCGCUGAGUUGGUGCGAGUAAACAACUUAAACGCUUAUUUUAGUGGCGCUGAUUGAGAUAGCCCAAAAAGAAGUGAUUAAUGUUUGUAAUCAUGAGGGGAAUUACAAGAAGUGACACGGGAUGAGCUGCUGCUGAAGGAAUAAUUAUGUAGUAAGACUUCAGAUACAGAGAGCACGUCCACACUGUGGGAAAGGUCUUUUUUUUGCUACAUGUGAUUUUAAAUAGACUGUAUAUGUAUAUUACAAACACAGAAUAAUGCAUUUAAAUUCAGUGUAAGACGAACAACAGCCUGACGAUGACCCUUGUGCUGCAUCCUCUCCACUCACCUCCCCUUUAAAUUCACAGCAGUCGUGAGUUUUAUGGUCUUCAAAUUAAAAAGUUCAGAUCUGACCUGUGACCUUUGCUCCAUACCUGCUCAGUCUGUACCUGCACAAGGAUAGCAACAAAACAACAAAUAAAGAAGCUUAAGCUGGCUGAAACCAGUCUUGUUACCUACCUCUCUGCUUCAGUCAUUCAUGUUUUUUAAAGACUGGUCUUUUAAUGCCAAACUGUAAAUCUGUAAUUCUUAUUUAUUUAUUUACUCCGAAACAGACUGUAGGUCAGAUUUGUUUUUCCCUCAGCAGACUUAUCCUAAUCUUGUGCAGACGGUGUAAAUUCAACCUGUUGCUUCAGAAUGGCUGAUGAGGCGUUUUGUAGGGCCUGUAAACAAAAGCAGGCAGCCUCGAUUUGGACGCUGACGCAAUUUAAAGUUCUAGUUUACUGUGUCGAGCUCCUGAAGACUUAUACCCCAUUUCUGGUAAUCCAGCUGUCGAGUCUAAAGGAUAUAAUACAAUACAAGAACUUUAAUGAUCUCCAAAGGGAAAUCUGGAAUCUCAGAUUAACUGCAGGUAAACCAAGUCAUGAUCCGACCUGCCCAGUGGUGGUAAUGCAGUAUAAAGGGGCGCUCACACCAAGCGUAAGUAAAAACAAUCUAAUCGCUUAAUUCGUGCGAAUCUAGACGCGUGAAUGAAUAAUAUUUACUCGUGUCAUUCACGCAUCAACGGUAAUUUCAACAGUAAUCCCUGCCAAUUCAACUGGCGGGAUCAAGUGAACAACGAGUGAACAACCGUCCGUUUUCCUACGUUACCUGGCAACCUUUGUGCUGAUUAGUUAUCACGACGUGAAUAUCCGCUCAAGUUGAGACAUUUGCAACUGACGCCCAAUUCGCGUCAUUCGCACCGCCAGAGUAGUAGGAGCGUCUAAUCACGUCUUUACGUUGACAUACAGUAGAUCCAGGUUUUUGGUUUUCUUUGGUAGGACAAAUUGAGUAAAUCCAGUCUGGUGAGAGGAGAGGGUGACAUGGUUGUCAAGUGCCUCAGAAUGUUGAGUCUGUAUCCUAGCAACAGUAUCAUGUAGAACAUCACACGGAACUUCAGCCGUUGCCUUAGUUGGGAUGUAAACAAGUAUUGCUAUGAUGUGACUGAAAGGCCAAAAAGCGACUGUGCCUGUUUGUUUAACUCGGCAAUUAAAUAUUUGUCAGUCAGAUAAAUUAUAAAUAUGUUAUUAUUGUAAGCCUUAAAUGCUGGUCGUAUGUUGUGGAAACUGCAGCCAUAAUGUCAUAAUGCUCUCCUACCUGGAUGUAAACAAGCACAGACGACAGAUGGCAUCUGUUUGUGCUUGCCAAGGAGGACUGAAGACUCAGCAGACCAAUUUGGCAUUGUUUACCCAGAGAUUCUGUGAUCCCGUCUUAAGGUGGAUUACACAAAUUUUGCCAAUUCUGACUGUUUUCUCAGUGUUUGUUCACCCGAGACCAGCCGGUAAAGAGGAAUUUUUAAUAUUUGUUUGUAUUUGUUGCCUCAGAGAACCCCUAAUCCGCAUCCCUGGAAAAAAAAAAAAACUAUUUUAAAAAUGUGAACUGUUGAGCUCAUGAAAGUCAGAUUAGCCUCAGGACUUCUGUGUUAUGUUGUGUAAAAACACAUUUUAAUGAUCACAUGUAAGAAAACUAUUUUUUCUGACAAACUUGCCUCCCAUAGCUGGUGUAAGUGAAAUUGAUCAAGGGGCAGGAAACUCGCAGGACUCCAUCCGAUGUGGUUAGUCUGAGUUUAAUGAAGCAGAGGAGAGAGCCAUCAGCAGGAGAGACAGCAGGAUGUUCUAUUAAGCCCAGAGGAAAGUGUCUGACUCCUGUAGUUGUGCUCGGGUGAAACUCUGAUUAAGGUUUCUCCUCUCUGUGUGAGCUCAGAUGAUGUCCUUGAUGACUGAUUUUGGCCGGCGGUUCCCUGUGACUCAGUGAGAUGAUAGAAAAUAGACUUUUUCACCUGGUCACUCAGAGAGUAGAGUCACGCGGCAGAUGAUAAGAAAAAGAAAUAUCUCCUCUUUUUAAUUUUGCUCCUUACUCUUGAGAUGAAAUAACCAACACAGACACACAGAUAGUUGCCUGGUUUUGAAGCAGGGACACUCCUCUUCAGAUACAUGUCAGUAUUUCAGUAUCGUUUUCAGACCCCGACAGGUUAAGUGUACACUUUUCUCUUCUUAGUAGUACCUGUCAGCAGGUCAAAAAGUCAGGCAGCAAUAGGAAAUUUCCUACUUGAUGUUUUGAGGCAUCAGAAGCAGGAAAACGAGGAUGUGGAUGACUUCGAUGAAGGAUGACAAACUGUGACGGCUUGAGCAUCUCCAAAAACUGCAGCACUCUCGUGGGGUGUUUCCUAUCUGCAGCGGUCAAUAGCUACAAAAAGGGGUCAAGGCGAAGAGGAGCUACUGGAGCUCAACCUGUUGGAAAAAACUCACGCUGGUUCUGGUGGGAAGGUGUCAGAACAAACACAAAUUGUUGUGUAUGAAGCUGUCCAACCUCAGAUUCCCGUUUAUCCCGAAUAUUCUCCACACUGAGACGAGUCAGAAGAAGAAGAAAAAGAAGAAGGAGAAGAAGAAAGAAGAAAAGGAGAAGAAGAAAAAAAGAGACAGGAAAAAAAAGAGAAGAAAAUAAGAGGAAGAAGAAGAAAGAAGAAGAAAGGGGAAUAACACAAGAAAAGGAGAAGAAGAAAAAAGGAAAAAAGGAAGAAGAAAAUAGAAGGAAAGAAGAAGGAGUAGAAGAAAAGAAGAAAAGAAGAAAAAAGGAGAAGAAGAAAAGAAGAGGGAGAGGAAGAAAAGAAGAAGAAAAAAGAAAAGAAGAAAAAAGAAGUAAAGAAGAAAAGGAGAAAAAGUACAAAAGGAGAAGAAGAAGGGAGAAGAAAAAAGGGAGAAAAGAAGAAAAAACGAAGAAAAGAGGAAGAAGAAAAAAGUGAAAAAAGAAGAAAAAGGGAAGAAAGAAAAAGAAAAGAAAGAAGGCCUGAGUCUUUUAAUUACCAGUAUCUUUUCAUUUACAGUACAGACGUAAUCAUGUGUCCAUUCGAGGAUUCAUCUCCAACCAUCAGCUGAACCUGCAAAUGAAAUCAUGAAUGUCACGAGUCGUGAGUUUUCCUCACUUGGGACUGCAGCAGAGCCACUUCUGAAAACUCCCAGCACACCUUUCUCCCUCACAUAGUAUUGGUUAAAUUCUUGCCCGUCAAGAAUAAUUGGUUUGUUAUCUCCUCCUGGUCUAAUACCUCGUUUCCUCUCUCCUCUUCCUCCCCCUGUGUGUCUCUGUUUCCCUCUGCAGCCCAUUAAGAACGCCCCAGCAGGGAAGAAGUACGUUCGCUGCCCCUGCAACUGUCUGCUCAUCUGCAAAGUCACUUCCCAGAGGAUCGCCUGUCCCCGGCCAUAUUGGUGAGAAAUCCUUUCCAAGUGUGCGUGCCCGUGUGUGUCUGUGUGUGUGUGUCAACCGUGAGACUGCUGGAACACUGCAUGUCUGCGUGAGAGCCAAAUGAAGCAGAGGAAACCAGGUGCGAUGGGAGCAGCAGUUCCUCAAUUAAGGCUGUGCUCCCAGCGCCGUUUACAUGCAGUGCUCAGCCAGCCGGAUGAGGAAAUAACGGCUUCAUUAAAACAGCCACAUAUCGUGUUUCACCUCAGCUGUAUGGGCGCAGAGUCAGUGUAGGUAACGCCAUGUAGCACAGUAUGUAUUACUUUAUAUACUGGGUGUGAUUCAUUAUUAUAAUCUGAAAUAAUCUGAUGCAGCAGCUCUCUUCAGGAUCUUUGCUGCUGCUCUCCCUGCCUUGGGAUUAAAUGAUGAAUUCGCUUUGACAAGAGCAGACGGAGCAGAAUGAGCAAAAGAGCUUCAAGAUAGAAAACAAACCUGAAAAAGGUCUAAAAGUUAUAAAUCUGCCAAAAACUCAAACAGUGUUUGGGUUGAAAUAGAAAAAAGUUUCAGGGGCCAUCUGUCAAGAAAAGCAUAAAAGACUUUUUGCAGGUCCAGCUGAUGCCAAAGUGUUUGAAUGUGUGUCGUAAAAAAAAACAAGCUGAUGUCAGUCACAGCGAAUGACUUUGGCAGCUCAUCUGAACAUCAUCCUGCUGCAGCCUGGUGUAAUCGGUGAGACAGAUAAGACUCCUUGUUUAUGCCCCGGGUGUCAGAUGUGUAAGCGCGACAGUUUUAACCAUCGUCUUUUUUUAGAGGGUUAAUUUUCUGCUGCUGUUUACGGUAAAUGUGUUCAAUUUGAAGCUCACACACGAGUCAGUGUGAGUUUUAGCGCAGAUUUGAUGCUUCAAUUUAAGACUGGAUGAUUGCUGCUGAUUUUUUUUAAAUAGUUUGAACAAAAAAUCAAAGUUAAGUAGCUCAAAAAUUCAACAAUCUCUUAUCUCAUGAUGACUCUUCAGUAUAAAACCAACAUUAGUAAACUUUCCAUCUUUGUUUGAAAAUCCCGUCAACAGACCUUUGUUUUUUGGUCACAGGUUUGCUCAAAAGUUUAAAGAGGUUCUCCAGUCCGCAUGCAGAAAAUCACAAACUCUCCCGUUUAUAACCAACAUGGUUUAUUUUGCAUUCUGCGUCUGUGGGAACUGUCGACCUUCCGGGCUUUAUUAAACUUGACCAAAGGUUAUCCAUCUCCCCCUGCGGGCAUAUUUUUCUACAUUAAAAUACUCCGGAGAGUUUACAUUCCCUUUGCACUGCUUUGCAUCCAAACCAGACAUGCUGACUGAAGCAGACACUUCUCUUUGCUGCUGUCGGAUCAGUGGUUCUGGACGGCUGUAGCUGUGUUGGGAAAAGCGGUGUGAUUUGUAAAUGAGAGGAUUGGAUCUGUUAACUACCUUAAUCCUGCCCACAGUCGGAAUAACAAUAACUGGCGCUGUGUUGAAUGUUAUCUUGAGUCAUGAUGUGAGUAUGACCUCCAGUGUCUGACUUUUGUAUCUUUCAGUAAGAGGAUAAUUAAUCUCGGCCCGGUUCAUCCUGGUCCUGCCAGUCCUGACCCCCAGCCAGCCGGAGCCCGUGUCUCCUGCGGACACUGCAGCAACACCUUCCUGGUAACGCACUUUCUCUACACGUCGAAACAUUAAAUGUGUGUAUGAAGAGAUGAUCUGGAGGUCUCCAAGGUUUUCUGUUUUCAGAAUUAGCUCCUCAUUUUGGGAAAUUUGCUUUCUUGGUGAAAUUCAGAUGAAACAGUGAGCCUCAUGUCCGUCUGUGGUCCGUCUGUCCGAAGGUGGAGACAGUUCAUUGAAAACAUUGACACACUCAAACUCUGGAGGCUCAGGAGAAAGAUCAUCAUAUCUGAUUUUUUAACUACACAAGUCAUGAUACAGUUAUUCAUUCAGUCAUUCAUUCAUCCAGUCAUUCAUUUAUUUAUUUAUUUAUUUAUGCAGUGCCAUGAGUGACCUGGGUUUGACUCUUAUUCAUUCAUUCAUUCAUUCAGUCAUUCAUUCAUUCAUUUAGUCAUUUAUUUAUUUAUUUAUGCAGUGACCUUGGUUUGACUUUUAUUAAUUCAUCCAGUCAUUCUGAAUGUACGUCAUUAUUACAUCACAUCAUUAGUUAAUUUUAUUCAUUCAUUAAUUCACGACUCUCAUAAGGUUGUUUUUCAUUCAUUCAUAUAUUCAUUUAUUUAUUGAUGUUGUGCCAGAAGUGACAAGGGUUCGACUGUCAUUAUGUUAUCAUUCAUUCAUUCAUUCAUUCAUCCAUUCACUUUUACAUAACCAUUGUUUAACUCUUGUGACAUGAUACAUUCAUUUGGUACCAUAAGUGAUCAUGAUUGGAUCGUCAUUCAUUUAUUAUUUCAUUCAUUCAAACAUUAACUUAGUCAUUCAUCCACUAACGUAUGCCCAUAGUUCGGCUGUCAUUCAUUUAAUCCCUUCUUAUUUUCAUUCAUUCAUUCUUUCAUUCAUUCAUUCAUUCAUUCAUUCAUCCAUGUGGCUUAUUACUUAUUUAUUCAUCCAUGUAGUGCCGCAAACGGCCAUGGUUGUACUCGCAUACUGCCAUUCACUCGUUUAUUCAUUCAUUAAUUUAUAUAUUUAUUCACAGUCAUUAAUUCAUUUGUUCAUUCAAACAUUAUUUUUUUGUCCACACAGUCUUUUCAUUUUCCUUUCUUUCUUCUUAAAGUCUGAGUUAUUUUCAGUUUGGCGUUUAUAAUCAGAUUUAUUUGUAAACCGCUCACUCCUAAAAACAUAAUAAGUAAAAACAUGACGUUUCUAAGACCAGGAAGGGAAAGAAUUCAUGACUGAAUUAGAGAUUUGACAUCUGUGUGUGAAUGUGGUGGUAAAAUCUUAAUGAAAGUGUCGAUGCUGACCUGAAGUGUUAGCCAGCAUCAGUGAGCCCAAGAAGAGGGGAGGUGAAGCAGAGAGAGGCUGUGUGGGGCAGUUUUGGAAAGACCCUCAGAGUUGAUUUUCCGCCCUGACAGUCUUGUUGUAGCCGCCCUCGAAGUAUAUCCAACAUUUUCACUUUCGUCAAACCGUAAACUUUCCAAAUAAAAAUCAUUCUGAGCAGUUGAAAAGUUCAAAAAAACUUCAUGCAAUUACACUUCCCUGUUGAAAGUCGCCCCCUGCUGGUAAUCAAAGAGACUCCGCUGGAUCUUGACUUUCGUGUAUUAACCCUCUCCGUAGAGAUCCAUGAUCCUCUGAUAUUGUUAAUGAACGGUUUAUGUUUCUUAUGCAAAGCAGCCAAACAAUAAACCUGCUCAUUUUUGGCUUCGCACUGAGCUUUUGUAAUUUGUGGCUGAAAUAUCUUGUGACAGUUUCAAUAGGCCCGAGGUUUUUGUUGUGAAAUGUUCUGUAGCACGGCCAGAAGAGUGAAUUAUUGAGAAGCUAAAACCUCUUAGCACCAGGCCAAGAAAAUGUUGAGUUACUGGAGCAGAUCAAUAACCCUAUCAGCUCUCUGCUGAUAUAUUGGAACCAUUUUGUGCUAAAGGGGAAGUGAAAUUUAACUUACUGCCCUUUUAACAAUGUGUGGGACAGGUAAAGAUGGUUUGGAUAUAUGGUGAGAGGAAGGAGGCCGGCGGAGUCAGAGACAGAAGAAUAGAGCGCUAAAAGAGGCGAGAUGGAUGGCUGGGCUGUUUAGCAUUCACUCGGACCUUUCCUACCUGUUUGAAGACAGGGCGGCUGAAUGAAAAUACAAAUCUGUGCCCUGGGUGGCGUUGCAGUGAUCCUUUUGUCGCAGAUCUGGUGAUAAUGUCCUCUGUGCUUCACAUACAAAGCGUUCCUAUCAGAACAUGAAGAAUGUACAGCACGCUCCGUGAAUUCAGCUCUGCAGGGUGUACAAAUGUAUCACACCGGCGCAGCGUUAGAGAAAGAAUAAAUGUCUUCUCCCCGAGAGGAAACCAUUUUUCUUCCUCAAUUUUGGAUGGCAUGCAGCGACUGUUGUCCAGGACUGGACUAGCUGCGUCUUUAACAAAUGUGUCAUCAGUUCGUGCCGCAGCAGAUAACAGUUUGAAUUUCAAUUAAGGAUUCAUGGUUUGGCUUCGAAUCGCCACCAUAUGACAUUUAAAGUCAGAGUACUCACUCGCACCAUCAGGCGAGUUUAUUGAGUUUUCAUUUCAUCCUUUGACUGCAAAUGGGAAAUUUAACAACAGCAGAUAAUCCGGAUAUUCGGUGAACUAAAAGACCAUAUGUGCUCAUUUUCUCCUGCUAGUAAAUUGAGUAUCAUUGCUUUACAGACGUGGGGUCAGGAUUUUACCCACCUGUCAAUCAAGUCAGCCGUGCCUCUGAAUAUGCAAAACUUACACCAUGUUUUCGGGACUGUAAGGCGCACUUAAAAUCCUGAAAUUUACUCAAAAAUUGACAGUGUGCCUUUAUAAUCCAGCGCGCCAUAUGUAUGAUUACUUGUGCUUAAUGACAGAUUUUUCUGUUGUACAAUUCGCUCAAAAAUCCGUCAAAAUGUGUAAGUACAACUUUGGUAAGCAACAAUGAAUAUUCAGAGCAUCACGGUACGCUGUAUCACUACCUGAUGGGCCCUGUGACUGUAAUGUCUAAACUAGAAGUGCAUUCAUGUAAGGCAGCCCGGGCCCAGAGUACGUGCUAGCAACAAUAAACCAGUCAAUGCACCAAUGCUUAAUGCGCAUAACAAUCCGGUGCGCCUUAUGUUUGAGCAUAGACACGUUAAAUUACAGUGCGCUGUAUAUUCCGGUUCGCUUUACGUUAGCAACAAUAAACCAAUCAAUGCACCAGUCCGCCAAUGCGCCAAUGCCUAACGCGCCUUACAAUCCGGUGCGCCUUAUUGUGUGAACAUAGACACAUUAAUUCACAGUGUGCCGUAUAUUCCGAUGCGCCCUUAUCGCCCGAAAAAAACGGUAACUUUCAAGUGUAAAAAAACUGUGAAAAUAUCUCUACAGCCCCAAGUGGACACUCUAGGAACUGCAGCUUUUAGAGUUUGAGCAUUGGUGUCCUUUCUAAAGACUGGAGCUGCUAAAAACGUCCCAGAAUGCAUCAGGAAAUUUUCAAUCCAGCUCCUGUAGAAGACAUACCUGACAAUGUUUAGAUUUUGACUUCAAACAAACCUUUAAUCUGGUCCUAUUUCAGGAAAGCAGACCUGUUAGCGGUCAGUAAAUCAGAAGACAAUAGGUUUCCCCAUUAAAGUGGAGCAUCUGUGUGUCUAUUGAUGAACUGAGACCCACCAUUGAUUGAAACAGAUGAAUGGGUGCUGUCCCAGGGGACGUAAUGGACCGAGAAAUGAGGAUGCAGAUGUGAGCGCAGCACGGAAAAGGAAGUCUGUUUUUUUCUUUUUUUUUCUUUAGCUGUUCUGACGUUAUCGGGAAGUUUGCGUACACUCUGAUUAUGAUCAAGACAAAAUAGUUCAACGUUGACUUUUGAAAAUCUGUGUGUUCUGCUGAAGUUGAAGGUCACAUGUCUUCCUCUCUGUGAUUUCAGUGGACAGAGUUCACGGACCGGACGCUGGCCAGGUGCCCACACUGCAGGAAAGUGUAAGUGUCUAUAAACAAUUCAUCCAUUAAAGCCCUUCACUGUCACUCCACUUUUACACUGGAGUUUUACUUUCUCUGACUUUUACUCGGGGAAACCUGCAGAGAGUCAGCAGUCCAGGCACACACACACACACACACACACACAAAUACACACACACUCCUUUUUGCGUGACUUUGUCUCUGACCUUAAACGCUGCAUUGCUCUUUUCUCACAGGACUUAUUGCUAACAUGUGUCUGAACAUCAAAUGGUUCCUGCUUUAAAGUUCAGGAUUUUCCUGGACUUUUACUACAGACCACAUUCCUAUAUCACUGUCUGUCUCAGUAAGCUUCUUAACAUUGUUAGCAGCGUUCACGAGACUGUGGGGGGGCGUAAAUCUGCAUCCAUAACCAGAUAUACAUUCACAGUCCUUCAGGAGAUACUUGAGGAGUUUUUAACCACGCCUUCCAAAGCCUGCAGGGACUCCUGUUCACCGUGCUUCUAAGAAAUCACAGAAAACAGUCCAGUUUGUGUUCAGCUGCUUUGGUUUAAAGAUGUUAAAGCUGUUUACAUGGUCUAAGUUAAUGAAUAUUCCAUUUAGAUAUCCACGUUCACACAGGUUUUUAUUCCCUAUGCAGCCACUGAAGCUGUCAGCUGAUUGUUAGAUUAGCCGCUCGCUAACGCUACAGCUGUUUGCAGUAUAAUACGUCGAAUUUCCCACUGUGAUAAAGACUCGGCAGCCUAAUCCCGGUCUCCGCCCUGAGGCUUUAACACUGCACCCUUAGAGACUUUCAUGGUUUACCCAUGCAUAUGUGUGUUUGUGUGUGAGGAAUGGGACACACAAUCAUUACAUCACUUGUUGCCUGGAAACAAGAGGCAAAAAAACCCAGCCUCCAAUGUGCGUUAGUGUGUCUUGAAUUGCAGAAUUCGUUCACUGGAAAACAGACACAGCUCUACUAAAGACAAAUAACAAACUACAGAAGUGAUUUUUUUCUUCCUCUUAAAGGUGGGGUAGUCAGGAUCUGAGGAAGUGACCGUUUUUAGGAGAAAUCUUGAAUGUAAACUCUAUCCCUCCAAACCAGUUUUCCCCUCAGCUCCUCCUCUCCCCUCCCUCAAGCCCCGCCCACAAACAGACGCUCCUGCUCGCUCGUAUCGUUCCAAUUUAAUUCAGAUAUAAUGAAGAUAAAUACUUCAGAUCAUUACAAAUGGGGCCCAGUCAACGUGAAAGUAAAAAGCAUUGGUGCUACUGUAGAUGUCAACAGACUACCAGCAAACACAAUGUUUGCAGGACUUCUACAACUAGGAUCAAAAUAAUAAUAAAGAACUCAAAUAAACCGAGAAAGUAGCAGCGAUCCAGAGAAACCUACGGGAUGAUGGAGCUCAGAGACUCCAAUAAAAGACUGUUAGUGACUCUAAUGGGACAUGAUGAUUCAAAGUUAAAGAUACAGACAGAAAGAGGAUGGAGGAGGAGGAAGAGGGUCUCACUGGUCCAGCACCAGUCUGAACCGAAAGCAGCCUAACUAAGAGCUGGUGUAUAAUCUGUGGAAAGUCAUGCCCUUCACGUCAAGAACUUCAGAAUCAAAGAAAGUGUGUAAAUCGGUGAUGUUGUAUUCAGAUGAAGCUAAUUUCUCUUUCCUUUCGUCCUUACAGCUCCUCCAUUGGUCAGAGGUAUCCCCGGAGGCGGAGUUUGUGGUGUUUUCUACUCUGCUUGCUAUUCGUCAUCUCCACCGCGGGGCUGAUAGUGAGUAGACGUCAGAAUAAUCCGGCCUUUUUGUUGCUUAUUUUAAUCUCCGGCUCACACAUUCACCGCUCUGAAUGUCGAGUAUUUAACACAGAAACGUUUCUAAAUCUCAGCUGCUCUCCUGACGCUGUUCGACGGACCUGUAGAGUCCGUUAGAAACACAAAAAACUGAACCGUCUUUGAUUAUAUGCAGAGUUCAAGCUGCAACACCCACUGAAAAGCACAGACGCUUCUAUAAAUGUUUUGAUCUUUAGUUUCCCUAUUUCUGUUUUCACAUUAAACAAUCCAGCGGUUGCUCGUGUUUAAUGGUUAUGCGUUGUCAAAGGGUGGCGUAAUCUCCUAAUAAUAAAGAUCACAGGUUUAUAAAUAGGAGGGAAAAUAACAGGAGUCUAUCAGGAGGCAGAGAGUGGGCGCAUUCUCCUUGAUGACCAGCAGAGGGUGCAAGAUGAGCAUGAAACAGAGGAUAAACACUGAACACUGGGUGAUUACGUGCCCACCAGCAUGGAGAGCUGUGAGCAAUGUGCAGACAAUAAAUAUGCAGCACUGACAGGAUUGCAUAACGCAAGUGUGGCGGCAAUUAAUGUCCCAACAUAAAAGCAGACUGUGCUUAAUGGGAGGGGCCUUUUAACUGAAUGAACGACAGAGGAGACCUGGUUCGCUCUCCUAAAUCUCAGCGUUGCAUCAAUAGGGUUUAAUGGAGACAAACCGAAGACAUAAAGCUGAUCCAGAAACGUUUCCUGUAGCAGGAGGAAACAGCGGAGGCAGUUGUUGUUCUCGACGUGGAGACGGUUAAGGGCGGAGAGGGAAGAGUGCCGCAUAUUCAUCGCCACAGCAGCUGUGUUGCAUCCCCAGCUGAGCAGCGUGAGCUAAAAGACGCCAGUUAAGACAUUAUGGUCCCUGUGAGCAGCCCGAGUCAUUAAAACUUUACACAUCACUUACAGAGGAAGAGUUUAAAUUAAGGCUGCGCUCCACUUUUCUCACGGCAUAUUUAAUCAUGUUUAGCCUUCAUGAGCUGUUUUUUGAUGCUCUGUUCACGCUCCUCUCAUCAGAAAUCUACAGAUAACAAAAGCUGUCCUGUACGAGCAACCCUGGACUUAAACAUACGGAGCUUUUUGACAGCAGGAAGAGGAAACUACUCCUUAGAAAGUGCCAACUCACUACUUUUCAAAGUGCCAGGACCUGAAAACCAAAUGAGGAUCCUUAAUUUAUAUUUAAAAAACACGCCUACAGGCAGCAUGUCUUUGUUGUUUGUACAUUCCAAGGCAGACUUGGGCAUUUUACGGCCUGAGGGCCACAUCCAACCCGAUCAACAUGGAUCUGCUGUGUGUUGCUUUUAUUUUGAAAACCGAGCCGUCGUUUUAUUUACAUUUGAUCUAGAUCUGUGUGUGUAAACAGAGACAGGUUUAAACAUAGACAUAACAUACGUAGACGCCUCAUAGACUGACACUCCUGUUGGAGCUUACAUAUCAGCACGGCCGCCAUCUUGGAUGGGUCUGCCAUGCGCCUCUGGUGAGCCAUGGUAGGAGGGAAUGUCCAACUCUAUCAAUCAUAACUCUCCAAAUUUUUACCCGAAUUUUACACGAUUUUAUUUGUUAAACACGAUAGAGAUGUAGCAUAAAUACAGGACACUGAACAGGACACACAUUAAAAAAUAACCCAAACUAUUUUUCGAUUUUACUGGUGAAACUUAAUCCUACAUGUUCUGGUUUUAAUACAGUUUUUUAUUUAACUUUAGAGCUUACAAGUACUGGCAUAGUUGCUCGACUCCAUUUGGCUCUUGUACAAGCCUGGCGUGAGGAGACCCAUUCAAUAUGGCGGCGAGGCUGGAUUAUGCUCCAGCAAGUAAUCAGGCGUCUAUGUAUAUGAUGUCUCUAGGUUUAAAUUACUGCUUUUAACAACGAGAGAUAAUGAGUUUUGAGCAGAAAAAGGUUGAAGUACAAGUGACUUCAUGCCUAGAAGUAAAAGUUCCUGUUCCUUUCGGUCGAAACGUGUCUUUUGUGGUUUUCUAAUAAAACAGCAUCAUUCAUAAGUCUGUGUUUGUCCGAACAGAAGAGAACUGCAACAGAUGUAAACACCAUAAAAAUGCUUCUGAAAUCAAGUUUGAAAAUUUCUCUCUGACUUUUUCAACUCGCGCCAGCUUUGCUCCGCUGUGUUGACUUUGAAACAGAAAUUCAUAUUUCCUUAUUCUCCGAAAAUCCCCGUGGGUUUUUCUCAAAGUCACUUUUACCAUCUUCAUUAAAUAAUUUUCUUCUGAGCAGCUGCACACUCAAUACUUGAUGGGGAAGCUCUUUUCCCUCUUGCCCCUCAGUCACUCAGAAAACUCGUGCAGUUUAAACAGCCAAAAUUCAGCGCCGCUGCAUCUGUCUGCUGCAGGUGGAUUCAUCAUGGAUUAUGGAUAAAUAAAACCGGUUCUCAGAGGAGUUUACGUCGAAUUUAAAAGAUGUAGUAGGAGAGCAGGCGGGUUGAUCUCCUGCUGUUACAAAUCUUUGGGUACUUUGCAACAAUCGAAAUGGGUCACACGCCGAAUGCAUAAAACAUUUUCCAGCCUAAUUGUAGCUCCGGCUCUCUGGCUUCUCCCGCCUGAUUGGAUUGGAGCCGUCUCAUUAUAAUCGCCACAACACACGCCGAGAAGAUGCUGAUAAAUCCUUCAAAAGACUCUCUGAGUAGCAUCUGAUUUCCUAAAACCUCGUCUGCUUGCUGUGAUGUCUCUCCGCAGGCUGGAACGUGGGUCCAGGCUCAGACCUACCAGGGGAUCUACGCCUCUUGGGCCGUGCUGCUGCUCCUGGUGGUCGUCACCAUGGCUCGGGCCUUCUACUGGGCCUGCAUGAGGGUCAGCCAACCUCUCCAGAACUUCACAUAG